AUGUCAUCAUUAAAGAAUGUCCUUAGUUUCCAAACUGGACUUGGAGUCCUGGCCAAUAUGUUUCUCCUUUUUUUCUACACUUUCAUAAUCCUAGGUCACAGACCUUAGCCCACGGACAUGAUCUCCUGUCAACUGGCCUUCAUCCACAUAGUGCUGGUCCUCACUGGAGCAGAUAUUUGGCUUACAGACAUAUUUGUGUCACUGAACAUUGAAAAUGACUUCAAAUGUAAGACAACUUUUUACAUAAACAGAGUGAUGAGAGGCCUCUCCAUCUGUAUCACCUGCCUCCUGAGUGUGUUCCAGGCUGUCACUAUCAGUCCCAAUUCCUGUUUCUUGGAAAAUUUUAAAUAUAAACUAAAAAAAUACAUGAUUCGUGCUUUCUUUUUUAUUUGGUCUUUAAACUUGUCAUUAAUUAGCAACCACAUCUUCUAUGCUGGUGUUUUUAUGAAUGUAAGCGUGACCAACCAGAUGCAGGUCACUACGUUCUGUUCACUCUUUCCCAUGAACUACAUCAUCAGGAUACUGAUUUUAACAGUGACAACCUCCAGAGAUGUAUUACUUGUAGGAGUGAUGCUGACCACAAGUGCAUACAUGGUGAUUAUCUUGUUCAGACAUGAGAGUCAAUGCAAGCAUCUUCACAGCCUCAGCCACCAAAGUGUAUCCCCUGAGAAAAGGGCCACCCAGACCAUCUUGCUGCUGGUGAUUUUCUUUGUGGUCAUGUACUGGGUGGACUUCAUCAUCUUAUCCACCACAGUCUUAUUGUGGAUGUAUGACCCAGUCAUCCUGAGUGUUCAGAAGUUUGUGAUGAAUAUCUAUCACACAAUUAUUCCUUUGGUACAAAUCAGUUCUAAUAAUAGAAUAAUCAAUUUGAUGAAAAGCUUGAGGUCAAAUGUCACCAGAUUUUUAAAAAGGUUCGAACUUGAAGAAACAGAGAUCAAAGGAAAACGAAAAAGGGGUCGUCCUGACCGGCCUCCAUCUAAAAAUAAGAAACCUCAAAAAUCCCCAGGAGAAAAGAGCAGAAUUGAAGCUGGGAUUAGAGGAAUAGGUCGUGGAAGAGCUAAUGGACACCCUCAACAGAACAGUGAAGGAGAUCCUGUCACAUUAUUUGAGGUGGUGAAACUGGGGAAAAGUGCAAUGCAGUCUGUGGUGGAUGACUGGAUUGAAUCGUAUAAACAGGACAGGGACAUCGCACUUCUGGAUUUAAUCAACUUUUUUAUCCAGUGUUCAGGAUGUCGAGGUACUGUCAGAAUAGAGAUGUUUCGAAAUAUGCAGAAUGCAGAAAUCAUCAGAAAAAGGACUGAAGAAUUUGAUGAGGACAGUGGUGACUACCCCCUUACCAUGCCUGGACCUCAGUGGAAAAAAUUCUGUUCCAAUUUUUGUGAAUUUAUUGGAGUCCUGAUUCAACAAUGUCAGUAUAGCAUAAUUUAUGAUGAGUAUAUGAUGGACACUGUAAUCUCCCUUUUGACUGGUUUAUCAGAUUCCCAGGUCAGAGCUUUUAGGCAUACAAGUACUCUUGCUGCCAUGAAGCUGAUGACUGCUCUGGUGAAUGUUGCCUUAAACCUCAAUAUUCAUCAGGAUAAUACACAGAGGCAGUAUGAAGCUGAAAGAAAUAAAAUGAUUGGGAAGAGAGCCAAUGAAAGGCUGGAGUUACUACUUCAGAAAUAUACAGUGAUACAAUUGCUGAGAUUCGAGCCAUUUGUAUCGAAGAAAUUGGAGUAUGGAUGA